UAUGCAGCGGUGCGACGGAGAGUGAGAGGAGUGUUAUCUCAACAGUCGACUCCCCCCCAACCCCACAUCGUUGAAAACAGUUGUUCCAAUCAAAGCCCACCCCCUCCCACUCAAAUACCAAAAUAAUCAGUGAAUCUACAAGUUAACUGCCUUCAGCAAGUCAAUUAAAGCCAAAUAAAGAUACAUUUCCCUCUCACUUUUUAUCCACUCUCGCGCGAUGACAUAACGCGCAACAAAUCCCGUCAGCACUCGGUUGCGAUCGCAGUCGGACACGAGUGAAAUAUCCGCCGAUUGUAUCUUUCGCGAUAUUUUUCCGCGCUCACAAGUGUACCAUUGCCCGCGACAUUCCGGCGAAGCGCGAGUGAAUAAAAAUCGGGAAUAAACCGUAAAAAGUGUGGUAAAGUGAUCAGCAAUGCCGGAGCACGAUCAGGAGUCGAAAGUGAGGUUAAGACGCACAAAAAGCGUCACAAGGGCCGAGGAAAUACAGAGGGCUGACUACAUGGUCAGGCUGUCACAGCCGGACAAACCAUGUCACAGACCAAGGGACAGUUUAUUCUCCUGGAGCUCGGGCUUUGACAAUUUCACUGGUUUCGUUAAUUGGGGAUUUUUACUGCUGGGGCUCGGCGGCGUCCGACUGCUCCUAGAGAAUUUCAUAAAAUAUGGAGUGCGGGUGGAUCCCAGAGAGUGGUUUCUGUUUUUAAGUGGUAAAAGCGAUGGUGGAGCGCAGUAUCCGUCACUCAUUCUCAUUGCAUACUCGGUAGUGCCGGUGGCUCUCUGUCUCCUGAUCGAGAAAGGACUCUCAUUGGACAUCAUAGCACACGGACCGGGCAUGGUGUUCCACGUAGUCAACCUCAUCGUGAUGGUCCUGAUGCCGAUGGUGGUCAUCCACGUCAAGGAAUCCGGCUUCAGUCUGAUUGGGUCCAUGUACGUGUGUAUGCUCUACGCCAUCUUAUUCCUGAAACUAUGGUCAUACGUUCAGGUCAACAUGUGGUGCCGCACGAGUACGAAAAAAUCAGCGACCCAGAGCAGAAUGCGGAGACAAUCGCUGUCAUAUAAUAAUCUGCAGGCUUCGGCAGUUCAUCAAUGUAGCACCGAAUCGGAGGAAGUAUGGCAUGACGCUAACGGGUCAAGUCUUUUGGUUCAGUAUCCGGAUAAUCUUCACAUUGGCGAUCUCAUCUACUACAUACUAGCACCAACACUCUGCUACGAGCUGAACUUUCCACGUACACAGAGAAUACGAAAAAGGUUCUUGAUAAAACGAAUCUUUGAAGUAUUCGUUGGCUGCCAGGUGGUGAUGUCUCUCUGUCAGCAGUGGAUGAUCCCGUCGGUUAAGAAUUCACUCAUACCGUUCACGAACAUGGAUGUCGCUAAAGCUGCCGAGAGACUUCUGAAACUCGCUAUACCGAAUCACUUGAUGUGGCUGUGCUUUUUCUACCUGUCGUUUCAUUCUUCCUUGAAUCUGAUGGGGGAGCUGCUGCACUUUGCCGACCGGAACUUCUACUGCGACUGGUGGAAUGCUAAUAACAUUGACACAUUCUGGAGGACCUGGAAUAUGCCUGUGCACAGGUGGGCUGUGAGGCAUUUGUACAUUCCGAUCGUCGAGAUGGGAUAUGGAAAGGAUACGGCGAGUGUUACCGUCUUCUUUAUCAGCGCCUUCUUUCAUGAGUAUCUUGUCAGUGUGCCGCUGAAGACAUUCAAGAUUUGGGCGUUUUUGGGGAUGAUGGGACAGAUACCACUAUCAGCUAUUAGCAAAUACGUGGAGCGUCACUUUGGGGCACGUUGGGGCAAUAUCGUUGUCUGGUCGAGCUUGAUAAUUGGUCAACCACUGUGCAUCAUGGUGUACUAUCACGAUUACGUUGUGACCCAUUUCGGUGAAACGCUCCUCGAAGAUCACUCAAUAGUGUAGUCGAAGCUAUUCUACAGUGGAUAAGUCAAUUCAUUCAUGGUAAGGCGGUCGAUUAAGGGACAGCUCCGCAAACUGGAUGCGUCAAUCAAGGUGUACCGAGAUUAUCGUCGACGGAGAGUGCGGAUCCAUGGGCUUUCUACUUGUUUGUAUUUAUUUUUCUACUUAAAUGUGCCUUACGGGGAGAUUUGUUACGAGUGACGAGAGAGAAUUUUGUGCCAAAGUGAAAAAAGAACUGUGUGCAAGAAAAAGAGCAGAGGAAUAUCAGAGAUUAAGAGAGAUUCUUGUGUACAUAAAUAUUAACUCAAUUAAUUCAUUAAAUAUUGACUCAUAUUGUUGAUAAUUACUCAGUGGUGACUAAUUAACUCAUUUUUAUACGUUCAAAUAGUAUCUGUUGAUUUUCGUGUUGACUUCCUAUUAUCGUAACGGUUCUGUUAAUAUUUUCAUAUCAACACUGUAUUUCCAAUAAAUUUCCGAGACAACGAA